AUGGGCAACAGUCUGAAAGCCAUAGUUGCUUUUGUGCCCUCCAACAAGUGCCAGAAGUACCUCCUAGAAGACCUAGAAGAGAUGCCAGUGGAUAAAAUGGUGGAUCUGAGUGGCAGGCAGCUGAGGCGGCUGCCUCUGCACAUUUGCUCUUUUCGGGAACUGGUUAAGCUGUACCUGAGCGACAACAACCUGAACCAUCUGCCCCCCGAGCUGGAGCAGCUGCAAAACCUGCAGAUCUUGGCACUGGACUUCAACAACUUCAAAGCGCUGCCCCUCGUCGUGUGCACACUGAAGCAACUGUGCAUUCUCUACCUAGGCAAUAACAAGCUCUGCAGCCUGCCCCUCGAGCUCCGGCUCCUGCAGAACCUCAAGACCCUCUGGAUUGAGUCCAACUGCCUGCAGUACCUGCCCGAGGUGGUGUGUGAGCUCAGCCUGCUGAAGACCCUGCAUGCCGGCUCCAACGCGCUGCGCACACUCCCUCCCCAGCUGCAGUGCCUGCAGGAGCUGCGCACCAUUUGGCUGUCAGGCAACCUGCUCUCCGAUUUUCCUCCCGUGCUCCUGAACAUGCCAUUUCUGGAGGUGAUCGACGUGGAUCGCAAUUCCAUCCGGUUCUUCCCCAGCUUAGCUCACCUCCCUGGCCUGAAGCUGGUGAUCUAUGACCACAACCCCUGCAGCAACGCCCCCAAAGUGGCCAAAGGAGUGCGCAGGGUGGGGAGGUGGUCAGAGGAGACUCCUGAGCCCCGCAAGCGGUCCGGGGCAGUGAUAGAUAUCACGCUUGACGAGAAACCCUUGUUACCUCCUGCUGCAAAGACCAAGCCAGAAGUCGAGCCCUGCUGA